GGUUUCGCAGAGCAAUAAGUUCCCCCCCUUUGCGCCUCUGCUCUUUACUGGCUAUUGGCGUACGCCCAUUUCUUUGAAACAUAACAUGAAGGAUCAUAUCCAAAAUGCCUGUCGUUAACCCAGAGAAACUGGUCGCGCUACAGCGGAAUCCAGAAGGCAUUAGAAAUAUCUGCAUAUUAGCCCACGUUGAUCAUGGAAAAACUUCUCUUACAGACGCUCUUAUUGCCACCAACGGCAUUAUCUCCCCGAAGUUGGCUGGAAAGAUCAGAUAUCUGGACUCUCGGCCAGAUGAGCAACUGCGGGGGAUUACUAUGGAAUCUUCUGCCAUCUCUUUAUACUUCUCUAUGCUACGGAGGUCUGCGCCUGACGCGACGCCAGAACAGAAGGAAUACCUGAUCAACCUGAUAGACUCACCUGGACACAUUGAUUUCAGCAGCGAAGUGUCGACUGCUUCGCGGCUUUGUGAUGGCGCUGUCGUUCUAGUGGACGCUGUAGAAGGUGUGUGCAGUCAAACUGUGACUGUGCUACGGCAAACAUGGGUUGAGCACAUGAAACCUUUACUGGUGAUCAAUAAAAUGGACAGGCUGAUCACGGAAUUAAAAAUGACGCCUGGAGAAGCUUACAUCCAUUUAAGCAAAUUGCUAGAGCAAGUCAACGCCGUUCUGGGAAGUUUCUUCCAGGGCGAGAGGAUGGAGGAGGACCUGAAUUGGCGAGAAAGAGUCGAUGAGAGGAUUGCUGCCUCUGCAGCCAAAGAGCAGGAGCGAGCAGACAGAGAAGCUGCCAGCGGAACAAACAACGUAUCAGUAGACACCGAUGCAGUUCCCCACCAAUUCGAAGAAAAGGACGACGAGGACCUUUACUUCGCCCCCGAGAAGAACAAUGUUAUCUUCAGCAGUGCUGUUGAUGGAUGGGCUUUUACUGUCAGGCAAUUCGCCAGCUUGUAUGAAAAGAAGUUGGGUAUCAAGCGAACAGCAAUGGAGAAGGUUCUCUGGGGAGAUUUCUACUUAGAUCCCAAGACCAAGAAAGUGCUGGCACAGAAACAUUUGAAGGGUCGGAAUCUCAAACCAAUGUUCGUCCAGCUAGUCCUCGACCAGAUCUGGGCUGUAUAUCAAGCAACUACUGGUGGUGACAAGGGAAAGGGUGACCCUGCCAUGACGGAAAAGAUUACCAAGUCAUUAAAUAUCACCUUGCCUCCUCAUAUCACACGAUCUCGAGACCCUCGAGCCAUACUCACAACGCUCUUUUCGGCAUGGUUGCCUCUAUCUACAGCGCUCUUGGUAUCCGUUAUCGAGUCAUUGCCAUCCCCGCCAGUCGCUCAACAAGGGCGACUGCCAGGCCUGAUUGAUAGCUCUCCAGGUGCUACGCACGUUGAUGCAAAGCUUCGCGAAGCGAUGGUGGAAUCAAAAAGCUCUAAAGAUGAUCCAGUGGUAGUCUAUGUUAGCAAGAUGGUUUCUGUACCUGAGAGUGAGCUACCAGAGAACAAGCGCCGAGGCGGGACCUUGAGCCCCGAAGAAGCCCGGGAGAUGGGCCGUCGGAAGAGGGCUGAGAUUGCGAAAGCCCAAGCUCUAGCACAAGGAACAGAGCAGGAUUCCCUGAAUGGAGUCACUGAUGCAUUUGGCGGAGCAAGCCUUGAAGAAGUAAAUACCGAAGAGGAGGUUCGAGAAGAUCCGGAACAUCUCAUUGGAUUUGCAAGAAUAUACUCGGGAACAUUAUCCGUUGGCGACUCUAUCUAUGUUCUUCCGCCAAAAUUCACACCGGCAAAUCCACACAAUCAGCCCGAGCCACAUAAGGUUACCGUCACGGCAUUGUAUCUGCUCAUGGGCCGCGGUUUAGAGCCACUGACAUCAGUACCUGCUGGUGUUGUCUUUGGCAUAGCUGGGCUCGAAGGUCAUAUUCUCAAGUCAGGAACUCUCUGUAGUCAGCUUGAAGGCGGUAUCAAUCUUGCCGGGGUCAACAUGGGAGCCCAACCCAUUGUCCGAGUAGCUCUCGAGCCCGUCAGUCCAGCAGACCUUGACAAGAUGAUCAACGGACUCAAGUUACUUGUGCAAAGUGACCCUUGUGCCGAGUACGAACAGUUUGAGAGCGGUGAACAUGUCCUCCUGACCGCCGGAGAAUUGCAUCUUGAGCGCUGCUUGACCGAUCUCCGCGAACGAUUCGCCAGGUGCGAAAUCCAGGCCGGUGAGCCCAUCGUGCCGUAUCGCGAGACCAUAGUCAGGGCGGAGGAGAUGAAGCCGCCUGCAAACAAAGAACUGGGCAGAGGGACAGUUAUUUCUGUCUCCGCAUCCAAGCAAGUUAGCAUCCGAUUGAAUGUUCGUCCUCUGCCUACAGAAGUCACGGAGUUCUUAGUAAAGAAUUCCCGUGCUAUCAAACGACUGUACUCUGAUCGGCAAGCCGAACAGAGAAAGAAGGUCGGAGAUGGCGAGCAGCGGACGGAGCAAGAGGAGGUCGACGAGGAUGAGGUUCUCAACGGUACGAAAGUGCUGUCAUUAGAAGAGUUCAAGAAACAGCUUCAGACUACCUUUGAGAGUGUAAAGGGCCAGCGAGACGUGUGGGCCAAUGCCGUAGAGCAGAUUACUGCUUUCGGGCCACGAAGGACAGGACCAAACCUUCUGAUUGAUGCUACCAAGGAGGGAAUAUGUGGACGAUUUCUCCGUGAUGCAGCAACAGAAGAGACCCGGCAAGCAGUUGGUCAAACAUUGCAAGCAAGAGACUUUGCGGAUAAGAUCAGUUACGCAUUCCAACUAGCGACUCAGCAAGGGCCACUAUGCAACGAGCCGGUCCAAGGCAUCGCCGUCUUCCUCGAAGAAGUAACCAUCACAGCCGGAACGGACGAAGAAUCCUUAGCACGAGAUAAAUUCGGCCGUCUCACCGGCGAGGUGAUCAAGACCGUGCAGCAGGCCAUCCGUCAAGGAUUCCUAGACUGGAGUCCCCGUCUUCUCCUCGCCAUGUACUCCUGCGAAAUCCAAGCAAGCACCGAAGUCCUCGGGCGCGUCUACGACGUGCUCACGCGUCGCCGGGGCCGCAUCCUCUCGGAAUCGCUCAAAGAAGGGACGCCGUUCUUCACGAUCCUGUCGCUCCUCCCCGUAGCCGAAUCCUUCGGCUUCAGCGACGAGAUCCGGAAACGCACGUCGGGCGGCGCGUCGCCGCAGCUCAUCUUCCAAGGCUAUGAGAUCCUGGACGAGGAUCCCUUCUGGGUGCCGUUCACGGAAGACGACCUUGAGGAUCUGGGAGAGCUGGCCGAUAGGGAGAAUGUGGCGAAGCGAUAUAUGGAUAAGGUGAGGGAGAGGAAGGGCUUGAUGGUUAGUGGGAAGAAAUUGGUGAAGGAUGCUGAGAAGCAGAAGACGUUGAAGAGAUAGGGUAGUUUGGGGGGG